UGAUGGUAACUUGGAAGAUGGAAAAGAGAGUGUUUGCAGAUGCAAGAAUGAUGUUGAUGAUGUGUGGGAUUGUGGUGAUGGUGAUGGCGAUGGGGAAGUUGCCAUUGAUUUCAGCACAAUUUGAAUGUGGUAAUGUGUGGGGAGUUUAUAUGCAAUGUGAUCGAUACGUCCGACGGGAAGGGCCAACGGUUCAACCAUCUUCCCAAUGCUGCAAUGCACUGCGAGGCUCUAAUGUCACCUGUCUCUGCCCAUAUUUUGCACAAUAUGAGGAUACCUACAGCAUGGACAAAGUCAUCUAUGUCCUCAAUUACUGUGGAACGCCACUUGCUUCUGGAACCAAGUGUGGAAAUUACACUGCUCCGUAGCUCCUCCUCGUCAGAGGGAGACACAUGCAUACAUAUAUCUAAAUAAAUCAGCCAAACGUGGCCUUGCAUGCAUUGUCAUGUUUUACUUAUUUUGUUAUUAUUAUAAUAUAAGACAUCCAGUUCCAGUUCAAUGUUAAUUGAUACAACAGGAACAUGGGUUUUCUUUAGUAAUGUCAUUAUCAUUAAGUGGGAACGACUGCAUCAAUAUAAUAUUUCUAUUUAUAAUGUCUGAAGGAAAUAAAUAGUGUGACACUAUCAAGUAGACUAUAUAUUUUGAAUAUUUUUCUUUUCAUUGCGUCUUUUCCUUGUAA